GCCUCUAGCCAUGAGCCUCCAGACGUCGCUGCACCAGGUGCUCCUGUUCCUCCUCUUCUUGCACCUGUCGCCGUUGGGAGGUCGUUCCCACCCUCUGGAUGUCACGAGCCCUACCCCGCAGCUGUCCGGGAUAGAGGAGCUGCUGGACCGACUGCCGGACAAAGUGCCAGAGCUACAGGCAGGGCAGGUGGCCCCAGGACCCCUCCAGCAGAGCCAUGGCCCUGCAGAAGCCGGGGAGGCCGAGGAGACUGACCUCAAGAUUGCCCUUGCACCCCAAGAAAAUGCCCACCAGGCCCCACAGGGACCGCACAGCCCCAAGAUGAUGCGGGACUCAGGCUGCUUUGGGCAGAGGCUGGACCGGAUCGGCUACCACAGCGGCCUGGGUUGCAAUGUGCUGAGGAGGCAUUAGGAGGAGGUCCCAGCGGCAGACACCUACUUCUGAUUCCACAGG